UCGAGUACUCGAGUAAUAAAUAUUUAGAAGUUGAAUAGUUGAAUAGUUGAAUAGUCGAGUACUCGAGUAAUAAAUAUUUAGAAGUUGAAUAGUUGAAUAGUCGAGUACUCGAAUAAUAAAAAUCUAGAAGUUUAAUAGUUGAAUAGUCGAGUACUCGAAUUAUAAAUAUUUAGAAGUUUAAAACUCGAGUAAAAGUUUAAUAGUUGGUACGAAUUAACGAUUUCUACACUACUGACAAAACCAGCAAAAUAAUCAAGGUCUAAAUGCGCAUCAACAAGCUGGACAACAACUAAACAACCAGCAACAACAAAAUCGCCAAGGUAAUGACGCUCAGCAAAAUUUGAAUGCCCAACGACAACAACAAGGUCAACAAAAUAAUUGUGCUCAACAAUUUAAACAAGCUGGUCAAAUUGGAAAUGCACAACAACAACAACAACAAAAUCAACAGCAACAUCCUCGACUCAUUCACUAA